AUGCAUGUAUGCUCUUGCCAUGGCCAUAUGUUGUCCUACCUCGAGCUCGCCAAGUUCCUAGCACAAGGGAGCCACAAAGUCUCCUUUGUCUCCACCCACAGAAACAUCCAGCGCCUCCCCAAGCCACCUCCACAGUUAUCCCUGUUCGUAGACUUCGUGAAGCUAGCCUUGCCACGCGUCGAGGAGAUCCCCGCAAAUGCGGAGGCCACCAUGGGCGUCCGAUCCGAAGAUAUCCACUAUCUCAAAAAGGCCUAUGACGGCCUCGCAGCGGAACUGGCUCAAUUCCUCCGUUCAUACUGCGCAGAUUGGAUCCUUCAUGAUUUCGCGUCUCAUUGGCUGCCGCCCAUCACCGCAGAGCUCGGAAUUCCGACCGCCUUUCUCUCCAUCGCGGCAGCGUGGUUCCCGCCUUCCUCGGCUCAUCAUCGAUGCUGCUUAACGGUGUCCAGAAGUCGAAUCCCAAUGGCUGGACCUGCUGGGAGAAAUGCCCGACAAACCCGUAACUCCGCUUGGGUUAAUUCCCCCUUCCCUGCAAGACAGCGGAGACGAAAAAAGCGGACUUGGGUUUCAUCAGCGAGUGGCUGGGUAGCAACGUGCCGGAUCGGUGGUUUAAGUGGCGUUGGGCAGCGAGUCACCGGAGCCGCCGGGAUCGGGCUAGUCCGACUCGGUAAAGCUGCCGGAGGGAUUGGAGGAGCGGACCAAGAGCAGGGGAGCAGUGUGGCGUGGCUGGGUUCCUCAGCUGAAGAUACUAGGCCAUGA